AGACCUGCGAGGUCCCCAGCGAGUAGUAGAAGACCCUCGAUCUCCUUUUUCCUCCUUUAUCUACAAAGCGCCGGCAAGAAAAAGCAGAUUUCGCGAGCCAUGGCGGUCCGAGCACAAUUCGAAAACUCCAACGAAGUUGGCGUCUUCGCGACAUUAACAAACUCAUACGCCCUGGUGGCGAUCGGCGCGAGCGAGAACUUCUACAGCGUGUUCGAGGCCGAGCUACAGGACGUGAUUCCCAUCUGCAGGACGACGAUCGCGGGCACGAGGAUUAUCGGGCGGUUAACAGCGGGCAACCGCAAAGGCCUGCUCGUCCCCACAUCCACAACGGACCAGGAGCUGCAGCACCUGCGCAACAGUUUACCGGACGAGAUACGGAUCCAGCGCAUCGAGGAGCGGCUGUCGGCGCUGGGCAACGUGAUCGUGACCAACGACCACACGGCGCUGAUCCACCCGGACCUGGAGCGCGAGACGGAGGAGAUCGUGGCGGACGUGCUGGGCGUGGAGGUGUUCCGGCAGACGGUGGCCGACCACGUGCUGGUCGGGUCGUACAUGGCGCUGAGCAACCAGGGCGGGCUCGUGCACCCCAAGACCAGCAUCCAGGACCAGGACGAGCUGAGCAGCCUGCUGCAGGUGCCGCUCGUCGCCGGCAGCGUCAACCGCGGCAGCAACGUCAUCGGCGGCGGCAUGGUCGUCAACGACUGGAUGGCCGUCACCGGCCUCGACACCACCGCGCCCGAGCUCAGCGUCAUCGAGAGCGUCUUCCGCCUGGGCGAGGGCGCCGCGCCGGGGAACAUCAAUACCAGCAUGAAGGAUACGAUAGUCGAGUCGUUCUACUGAUCGGUUGGAGUGGGGCUAGGGCUGUUGAGACGGGGAAGGGAUGGGGGUGUGUGGUAGGCAAAAAAAAAGCCCGCCUGUCUGCAUUAAGAGGCAGGCAGACGUGAUGGGUUUUUGUUCGCACCCUUUGAGGUGCGAGAUGGCAGUUGGCACACACAUGACAUGUUGCGCGCUGCCUCAGCGGAUCAUCAUUGGUCUACCUGAUAGGCCUACCUAAUACAUCCACUACCCCACC